AUGGAUGUGACUGAAGAGAUCGAAAACAAAGGUAGCAUAUGGGCUUUGGAGCAGAAGAUCGAUCAACGAAUGGAUGUUGGUGGUUUGGUCUCACACCUUCUUUACUGUUGUAUUUCAUAUUGGCGUAGACAACAACUUAACCACGGCCACACAGCAACAUUUGCUAAUAUUUAUCACCCGCCUCAACCGGUAACCACUGGUGCAGUUGACCCAUUGGCUGGUGGUGGACUGGGUAGUGUGGACAUGCUGGGACCUGCAGCAGCAGCUAGUGUCUAUCAGCAGCAACAACCCCAACCAACUCAAAUCAACUGGCAUAAUAACUACUAAAUUUCGUGAUGAGUACUUAUAUACUUAGAUGAUGUAGGGAAGACACUUUCAGUAGGCUGCAAGGGUGUAAUUUGCAUUUGGUCUGCUUCAUAUAGGUUCUGGAGUUAGAUGGACUCUUGUGGAUUUUCUUUGAGGCCAUGGUGAUGAAC